AUGGCUUCCGCCGCCUCGUCUCUCGUCUCCGCCACGGCACUCGUGAUGAUGGCGCUCAUCAUGAUGCUCGGGGGCAGCAGCACGUGCCACGCCGCGCGGCAUCUCGCCGACACGACGACCGCCCCGGCCGCCGCUCCGGCCGCCGUCCCGGGAAUUCCUGACGUGCCGAAGCCGCCGGUCGUGCCCGCGGCCACCCUUCCACCGAUGCCCGCCGUGCCGACGGUGGUGCCUGCGGUGGGCGCCGUGCCACCGAUCCCCGCGUUGCCCAAGAUCCCCGCGGUGCCUGCGGUGGGCGCCGUGCCACCGAUCCCCGCGUUGCCCAAGAUCCCCGCGGUCACCGUGCCCUCUGUGCCUACAGUGCCGAACACCGCCGCGCUGCCCCCUAUCGCUAUGCCGGCUGUACCCGCCGUGCCAAAGGUGACUCUGCCGCCGGUGCCCGCCGCCGUCGUCCCUAAGGUUGGCGGCGCCUUGCCGCCGGUGCCCGCCGUGCCUAAGCUGACACUGCCACCGAUGCCCUCCAUCCCGGCGGGCGUGCCCGUGCCGUUCGUGGCGUCGCCUCCUUCGGCAUAA